AUGUACAUAAUCAACAAAUUAAUGCGUAUUCAUCCUAAACAGUUGUCCAUCAGUGCAUUAUCCAUUUGCAAACAUUCUCAGAAAAUAACAGCUGAUGACGUUGAUAUCGAUAAGCCUGGCAAUCAACCAAAGAAGCCUCAAUCUAAAAGACUGGAAGAGUUUAGAAAUAAACUGAGGGAGACUACACCAAUUGAUGAUCUUGGAGAACAACAAUUACAUCCUUCACAAGUAAAAGAUGAUCCCUUGCCUGCUUGGCCAAACAACACAAAUCCACAUACAGGUGAAAUAGGAGGUCCAAGGGGACCAGAACCGACAAGAUAUGGGGAUUGGGAAAGAAAAGGAAGAUGUUCAGAUUUUUAA